ACAGCCACUCUACGAUUACAGUCCCAUCAGUCUCUUCCAAAUUUUCUCUCUGAUAAGAGACGAAGAUGGCUGUGACUUUCCGAGUCCCCUUCUACAGUACAGAGUUUUUUUCACUAUUCUCUAACUUUAUACAUACUUACUACUUCCACUACAAGUUUUGAAUUCUAUUAAUUAAAAUAGCCGCUUCCAUUUUCUCUCUUCCUUCAAAGCUCUUGUUUGCUAUUAUUGACUGCUGAGGAUCCUGACCCUUCAUUGCCAUCUGGGCUUUCAUCGGAAUCUGCUUUCGUAUUCUGGGUUUUUUUUAGUCUCUUCAUUCAAGAACCAAUUGUUGCAGAGCAAAACGUUAUGGAGCCAGUUAACAUGGCCAUUGAACGAUCCCAAGAGAUAUCCGCUGAUGCUCUACCAUUUGCUAGAAGUUACCAACUUGAAGCGUUGGAGAGUGGGAUUAAGCAGAACACAAUAGUGUACUUGGAGACUGGCUCUGGCAAGACUUUGAUUGCCAUCAUGCUUCUUCGGAGCUAUGCUCAUUUACUUCGCAAGCCUUCACCUUACAUUGCUGUGUUUUUGGUGCCCAAAGUUGUCCUAGUUAGUCAACAAGCUGAGGCUCUGAAGAUGCACACUGACUUGAAAGUCGGAACAUAUUGGGGAGACAUGGGAGUGGAUUUUUGGAAGGAUGACAAGUGGAAUGAAGAAGUUGAAAAGUUUGAGGUGCUUGUCAUGACACAUCAAAUAUUGCUGAAUAAUUUGAGGCACAGCUUUUUCAAACUGAACAUGAUACAAGUCUUAGUAUUUGACGAAUGCCAUCACGCCAGGGGUCUUCACCCAUAUGCUUGCAUAAUGAAGGAAUUUUAUCAUCCUCUGUUAAGUUCUGGUGAAACCAAUCUGCCAAGAAUAUUUGGAAUGACCGCUUCUCCAAUCAACUCAAAAGGGGGGAACUCAGAAAUUGAAUACUGGAAUCAUAUUCAUGAGCUGGAGACAGUUAUGAAUUCAAAGGUGUACACUUGUGCUAGUGACUCUGUUCUUUCGGAGUUUAUCCCUUUCUCGACUCCAAAAUUCAAAUUCUACCAGCACAAGGAAAAUCACUUUCCCAAUAUCGAAGAUAUCUUAAAGAUCUUAAUUGAAAAGCAUGAAUUGGUUUUGAAAAAUUUAGAUCUUGAUGAAUCUUCAACAGAUUCUAUAAGCAGAAAGCUAUCAAAGGUUUAUUCUGCAUUGCUAUUUUGUCUUAAUGAACUCGGUGUUUGGCUCGCUAUGAAGGCUGCAUGGUCCUUUUCAUCAAAUGAAAUUGAAUGUUUCUCAUCAGCGAGAGCGAAUCUGUUCGGCGAGAAAGUCGUCAAGAAUUUUUGUGUGGAUGCCUUCAAGGAAUUUUCAAGUUUCCUUCCAGCUAGACCAAAUUGGUCAUUAGCAGAUGAUAUUAAGAGAAAUAUGGAUGAAGGAAUGUUAACUUCAAAAGCUGUUGGUCUUGUUGAAUUGCUUCUGGAGUACAGGGACUUGGAGGAUAUAAGAUGUAUAGUUUUUGUAGAAAGGGUCAUCACAGCUGUUGUCAUUCAAUGUUUGUUAAAUGAAUUGCUUCCAAAAUUGACUAACUGGAAAACAAAAUAUAUUGCUGGUAGCAGCAAUAAUGUACAAUCACAGACCAGAAACAAGCAAAACAAUAUUGUUGGAGAAUUUCGUGAAGGCAUGGUAAACAUAAUUGUUGCAACGUCAAUUCUGGAAGAAGGUUUAGACGUUCAAAGCUGCAAUUUAGUUGUUCGGUUUGACCCUUGUUCCACUGUUUGUAGUUUUAUACAGUCUAGAGGUCGCGCUAGAAAGCAGAAUUCUGAUUAUGUGUUAAUGCUACAGAGUGGAGAUCAAGGCACAAAGUAUCGUUUUGAAAAAUAUCUUGCUAGUGGAGAAAUAAUGAGAAAGGAGUCUUUACUUCAUGCUUCUGAUCCUUGUGUACCUCUUGAAAGUGAUUUUCCAGAAGGGGGGUUUUAUCGUGUUGAAAGCACCGGUGCCAUUGUGACUCUUAGUUCUAGCGUCGGUUUGAUAUACUUUUAUUGUUCAAGGCUCCCUUCUGAUGGGUAUUUUAAACCUAACCCAAGGUGGGAUAUGAAUUCUCGCACCCUCUACCUUCCCAAGAGCUGUCCACUACGAUCUGUCACUGUAGAAGGAAAUCCUAAACUACUUAAACAGAUUGCAUGCCUUGAAGCAUGCAAACAACUUCAUCAGAUUGGUGCUUUAACCGAUACACUUGUCCCUGAUGUUGUUGUGGAAGAAGAUGACGCACAAGUGCUUGCGAAUCAACCAUACGAAGAAAUGCAACCUAGUUAUGUGCCUCCUGAAAUGAUUGCCUCGAAUUGUUCCAUUGCCAAUUAUCAUUGCUAUAUUAUUGAGCUUCAUCAAAGUUUUGACUAUGAAGUGUCUGUUGGUGAUGUUGUGCUAUGUACAAGAAGCAAGCUUGAAAAUGAUAUUGAAAACAUGCAUUUUGACUUGCAAGUGGGGAAAAAGGGUAUUGUGACAGUUGACUUGAAGUAUGCUGGACUAAUUGAGCUUAACUCAGAACAGGUUAUGUUAUGCAAAAGGUUUCAAGUUACUCUUCUUAGACUUCUUCUGGAUCAUAAGCUCAAUAACUUGAGUGAAAUUCUUGAUCUACUUCAUUUGUCAGACACUCCUAUGAUUGAUUAUCUUCUUCUUCCGGCCACCAAUCCAAGUCUAAGACCUUCAAUCAUUGAUUGGGACUCUGUCACAUCGGUGUUAUUUUCCAAUGAAAAGUUUCGUAAGAAUCACAUCAAGUGUAAUUCAUCGAAGGUUUCCUCUUGCUUCAUGCGUACCAAAAAUGGUUUGGUCUGCACUUGUAUGAUCAUGAAUUCACUUGUAUAUACGCCUCACAAUGGUCAUGUGUACUACAUUACUGACAUUCUAAAUGGGAUGAAUGGAAAUUCAAUUUUAAAGCUCAGGGAUAAUAAAAGUACUACGUACAAGAAUUACUAUGAAGUUAGGCAUGAAAUUAAUUUGCAGUUUGUCAACCAACCAUUGCUCAAUGGAAGAAAACUUUUUCAAGUGAAAAACUUUCUCCUGUGCAGAGAAGAAAAGGAAAAAGAAACAAGUAAUACAACUAGUAAUUCGACUGUUGAGCUGCCGCCGGAGCUUUGCAUUCUUAUCAUGUCACCCAUAUCUCUCUCGAUACUAUAUUCCUUUUCAUUUACACCUUCAAUUAUGCAUAGGCUUGAGUCUUUAAUAAUUGCUGCCAACCUGAAAAGGAUGCAUUUGGAUCAUUGCACGCAAAAUGUCGCCAUUCCGACAUUUAAGGUGUUGGAAGCAAUUACAUCGAAGAAAUGCCUAGAGAAGUUUCAUUUAGAAUCUCUAGAAAUUCUUGGAGAUUCAUUUCUCAAAUAUGCUGUUGGUCAACAGCUUUUUAGCUCGUAUCAAAAUAACCACGAGGGCCUUCUAAGUAUUAAGAAAGAUAAAAUAGUUUCUAAUGCUGCCCUUUGCAGGCUUGGUUGUGAGCGCAAACUUCCGGGCUUUAUUCGUGACGAGUGUUUUGUUGUUAAAAGCUGGAUUAUACCAGGAACUAAUAGUGCUAAUGAAGCACUACAAGAGGAUACACUAAUUAAUGGCAGAAAAAUUUACAUUGGUGGAAGAAGAAAGAUGAAAAGUAAAAGAGUUGCAGAUGUUGUUGAGGCACUUAUUGGUGCGUUUCUUAGUACAGGUGGGGAAAUCUCUGCGUUGCAAUUUAUGAAUUGGCUCGGUAUAAAGGUCGACAUAGUCUUCAAGCCAUUUGAGAGAGAUUUAUUCAUGCAACCGGAGAAGCUUAUUAAUGUCAAACAUUUAGAGUCGUUAUUAAAAUACACAUUUCGUGAUCCUUCCCUAUUGGUUGAAGCUCUAACUCAUGGUUCUUACAUGGUUCCUGAGAUUCCACGAUGUUAUCAGAGGCUGGAGUUUCUCGGGGACGCUGUUUUAGAUUACCUCAUUACAGUGCAUUUGUACAACAAAUAUCCUGGGAUGUCUCCAGGAUUCUUGACUGACAUGAGAUCUGCCUCUGUGAACAACGAUUGCUAUGCACGGUGUGCAAUUAAGGCCGAAUUACACAAGCACAUUCUUUAUACCUCGCAUAAACUGCACAAGGACAUAAGUGCAACUAUAAUUAAUUUUGACAAGUUGUCUUCAGAGUCAACAUUUGGAUGGGAUUCAGAGACAUCUUUCCCCAAGGUACUUGGAGAUGUUAUAGAAUCUCUUGCUGGGGCAAUAUAUGUUGAUUCUGCAUUCAACAAGGAAGUUGUUUUUCAGAGCAUAAGGCCUCUAUUGGAGCCUUUGAUCACGCCUGAAACAGUAAAGAUCCAUCCGGCGAAAGAACUUAACGAACUUUGCCAAAAAUUGCAUUUUGAGAUGAAAAAGCCAUUGAAGCUGCGUGAAAAAGGUGUAACUUCAAUCACAAUCGAGGUUGUAGCUAAUGGAGUCACAUACAAGAACACUUCAUCUGUUUCAGACAAGAGGAUUGGCAAGAAAGUUGCUUGCAAAGAGGUUCUCAAGUCCAUUAAAGAAGACCUCAAUUUGGCAUGACAAGUUUGAAGAUAAGCUAGCAAGUUAGCCAGUCUGUUCUUAUGAUCUUUGUCAAGUGUUUUACAGUGUUGAUUCAAGUCCUUUUGUUUGUGUAACAAGUGCCGUUUGGUUGGCUUAAAUUAAUUUAGAGAAAUUCUUAGUUAUAAAAAGAUUGGCCAUUUUGUUUUAUGAGUUCCAUUAAUAUAGAGAAAUUCUUAGUUAUAUGUGUUUACAUAUAAUUCUCUAUGAAAAUAAUGUACUAUAAACAAGUCAAAAUUUCAAGACAAUUCUUCGUAUACUA